UUCAAAUUUGAACUUUUUUUAAUUUUUUUUCAAUAAAAAUGGCUGGUUUUGUCAAAGUCGUCAAGAACAAAGCUUAUUUCAAACGUUUUCAGGUUAAAUUCAAAAGGAGGCGAGAGGGCAAAACCGAUUACUAUGCUCGCCGUCGGUUGGUUGUUCAAGACAAGAACAAAUACAAUACACCGAAAUAUCGUUUGAUUGUUCGAUUCACAAACAAAGACAUUAUUUGUCAGAUUGCCUACGCUAAAAUUGAAGGUGAUCAAAUUGUUUGUGCUGCCUAUGCUCAUGAAUUGCCACGUUAUGGUAUCAAAGUUGGUCUUACCAAUUAUGCUGCCGCUUAUUGUACCGGGUUGUUGCUUGCUCGUCGGUUGCUUCAAAAAUACAAACUUGACGGCAUCUAUAAAGGAACUGAAGAAGUGAAUGGUGAACAAUAUACAGUGGAGAAUAUUGAUGGCCAACCACGUUCUUUCCGUGCUUAUUUGGAUGUCGGUUUAGCACGUACAACAACUGGUGCACGUGUAUUCGGUGUUAUGAAAGGUGCAGCCGAUGGUGGUAUCGAUAUUCCUCAUUCGACCAAACGUUUCCCUGGAUAUGAUAAUGAAUCCAAAGAAUUUAAUGCUGAAGUUCAUCGUAAUCAUAUAUUCGGUCAACAUGUAGCCGAAUAUAUGAAAAAACUUUUGGAAGAAGACGAAGAAGCAUAUAAACGACAAUUUUCUCAAUACAUUAAACUUGGUAUCACUAGCGAUGAGCUUGAAAACAUCUAUGAAAAAGCUCAUGAAGCAAUCCGUAAUGAUCCAUCACCACCGGCGAAGAAACAACGAACCAAACCAUCGGAUAAAACAAAGGUUAAAGUGUGGAAGGCCAAGAAACUUACAUUGGCUGCACGUAAGAAUAAAAUUGAGCAAAGAAAACAAGCCGUUUUGGCUAAAAUUAAAGGCGAAUAAUGAUGAAUGUAAUUUGCAUUACAAUUUUU